AUGUACAAACUUCCACUGAGGAAUGUGUCGAGGACUGCCCGGUUGGUGCAUCCCCGGGCGCCGAUUGCUGCCGCUGCUGGGUCGUGGAGUGCAUUGAGGUAUGCCUCCACGAAGACGAUGACGGUCAGAGAGGCGCUGAACAGUGCGAUCGCGGAAGAGUUGGACCGCGACGACGACGUGUUCGUCAUUGGUGAGGAGGUGGCACAGUAUAACGGUGCGUAUAAGGUGACUAAGGGUUUGCUAGACAGGUUUGGUGAGAGGCGUGUUGUGGACACGCCGAUUACCGAGUACGGGUUCACAGGGCUGGCCGUAGGUGCCGCGUUGAAGGGGUUGAAACCCAUUGUUGAGUUCAUGUCCUUCAACUUCUCCAUGCAGGCCAUUGACCACGUUGUGAACUCGGCAGCAAAGACACAUUACAUGUCUGGGGGAACUCAGAAGUGUCAGAUGGUGUUCAGGGGCCCCAACGGGGCUGCUGUCGGUGUCGCCGCGCAACAUUCGCAGGACUUCUCACCAUGGUACGGGUCCAUCCCGGGGCUCAAAGUGCUUGUCCCAUAUUCUGCAGAGGACGCUAGAGGGUUGCUGAAGGCGGCCAUUAGAGACCCAAACCCAGUCGUUUUCUUGGAAAACGAGUUGCUGUACAACGAGACUUUCGAAGUCUCAGAGGAGGCAUUGUCCCCAGACUUCACUUUGCCCUUCAAAGCGAAAGUGGAGAGAGAGGGGAAGGACAUCUCCAUCGUAACGUACACGAGAAACGUGCAGUUUUCUCUGGAGGCGGCCAAGAUCCUGGAGAAGGAUUACGGUGUCUCCGCGGAGGUUAUCAAUCUCAGAUCCAUUAGACCGCUAGACGUGGAUGCUCUGAUCAAAUCUGUCAAGAAGACAAACCACUUGAUUACAGUGGAGUCCACUUUCCCAUCGUUUGGUGUAGGGUCCGAGAUUGUCGCGCAGAUAAUGGAAUCUGAGGCGUUCGACCACUUGGACGCCCCAGUGAUGAGAGUCACCGGUGCCGACGUGCCCACCCCAUACGCUAAAGAAUUGGAAGACUUUGCCUUCCCAGACGCCCCAACGAUCGUCAAGGCCGUCAAGAGCGUGCUCUCCAUUGAGUAA